AAUGACCACAGUGUCCACUGAGGUGUGUUCUACCACAUACUGGAGCUUAUGAGUAGGGGCUGCCUAAUAACUGGAGCAAACAGCAGACUACAUCACAGUUUACAAUCUUCUUGAGCCCAACAUUGUGUCUCAGCCAUUGGAAAUGGAAAACAUGCAGGAGUUGAUCCCCUUCGCCAAAGAGCUGCUGAGUCAGAAACCCAGCCGGGGUUUGUUGAAGGUCUACCUGGUGGGUUCGGUGUUUGCAGUGUUGGGGACAGUCAUUGGCCUGGUCGAGACCGUGUGUCAGCCAUUCUUCACCGAUGAGCCCAUGGACGCGGAGAUGCUCCUCAUGUUGGCCCGGGAGCAGAGGACUGUUGAGGCCCAGAUACAACGCAAUGCAGCCAGCCAGGAGGAGGAGGAGGAGGAGCAGGAGGAUCAGCUGGCUCAUGACAAUGAGGCCACGACUCAGAGCACCAACCUCCACAAGACCCGUCGACUCAGCCAACGGAGCGUGGCCAACCGGCUGCACGCUUCCUGAGGCCAGAGGGGUCAAUCCUAAGUGACUGGAGAUAUUAUUAUGGACGUGCCCCUGCUACAGCACUGAGUUGUCCAACACGUACAUAAUCUGAAGCUUUAUAGACAGAAGUGUCGGAGCUGCCUGCCAUUCUCUUCUGCUUGUAAUGAUGCCUAAAGGUGCUGUCGGAAAUGUGUCUUAGUAUGCCUUCGAGUGUAAAUUGAGACUUUUUGACAGGCCCACCUACUGUCGGGAGAUCAUGGAAAUCAUGUCAAUUAACACAGUAUAUGG